CCGCAACCUGGACGUCUUCGCUGCUGCCGCCCACCGCUUCGACAUUUACCUGGCCCAAUGACGGCCCUUUGUGUAUCUUCUGCUCUACUGUGUACCGUACCCUGUCCUUCUUUGCAACGGUCAUCGCCGGUCAAAUCCCCCGACCCGCCCCGAUUCCCCGAUUCGGCCGCUCCAUGCGGAGACUCGAGUUUUUCGCCGGAAACGGCAGCCGGGCUUAUCAUCCCGGGGAGGAGGUGUGGGGGCCAGAAGUACUUAAGGGAGAACUUGUCCUGUAAUGCUCUUGUUGUUGCCGCCUGGCUCUGUGCUGGCGGCUUGGAACUCCGGCAGACAAAACACCUAUCGGAACAACAUGGCCAGCGAGAGCAUGAGCAUCGUGAACAGCAGCAGUAGCAGCAACAGGGGCGACGGCAAUGGCGGGACGUCGGCGUCCGCCGAAAACAUGGAGAGUGGGGAAACGGCGGACGAGGCAGAUAAGAGUCACAGCACAAGUCCAGAGCGGUUCGCCGAUCACAUCUUCGACAGAUACUCCCGGGUGUACCCGGAGGUGGACGGACAGCAGCGGAUACUCAAGCGUGCAGACUUUGUUGAGCUCUUGUCGUCGGACGAGUUGAAACAGAACGACCUUAUCUACCUUUCGCAAAUUGCUUCUUACAUCCCCUUCGACAUCUUCAACCUCUUGUAUAUAGUAUCGGACGCUGGAAAUAAGGGCUACGUCGGCAGGGAGGAGUUUCGCAAGUUCUCGCAACAGCUUCUUCUCCCCCACCGUAGUGACAGCCCCCAAAACACCGACCUCGACGGAGACAUCAACAAGUUGUUGUUCUUUGUGUGCCAACUCUACGAAAAUUCACAGAGGACCGGCUCGCAGCUUGCUGGAAGCCGAGGUACCUACAGCUUGAACUCCCCCAUCUCGGAAUAUGCUUUCCUGUCUCUGGUGAAGAACUACAACCACACAGACCUCCCCUACCUCACUAGUUUGCUGCACUCGAUGGACAGCAAGCACAGUUCAGACGCUAAGCUCAACUUCUGCCAAUUCUCGCAGUUGAUGGACGAGCUCCCAAAGGUGAAAAUGGCCCAGGCCUUCGGCAACAUGAAAAACUCGGAGGGAAAAAUUUCUCCGUUCCAGUUGAAAACCAUUGCCCAGAAAAUCUUUUACAACAAGUUGUCACCGCUGGUUGCUGACCAUUUGGAGAUCUUCGCCGCAAGCAAGUUUGGCAACGACAUAUGCUACGACGAUGCGUUCAGAUUAGUCAAGAUGAUCAGAGAUCUACCGAGGUUGAACUACCUGACGUUCGAGAAAAUCUCUAACGACCAGCCAAACAACCCAAUGUUCUAUUUGACGUCUAAGUCCUUGUACAGCUACAUCAAUGACGUGCCUGCGUUGUCCAAUCUUAUCGAUGGCGAAUACAAUGAUGCCGAUAACAACUAUGCCAAUCACGCAAAAGGCAUCACGAAGGACGAGAUAUUGCUCUAUUUUAAUUGGAAUAGAUACACAUACGAGCAUUUGAAGAACCACCCUUCCAUCGAUCCGUCCGAACUUCUGGCAAUACUGACGGAUGACAUGGUUGUUCCCAACGAAGUGAACCAGUCUUACACAGAAAACUCCUCAAGCAACUUUCUGCACGUAUUCUCAUCCCUCCACUCCUUUAUAUUAGGUUCCUUUGCAGGAAUGAUUGGCGCCAGCAUUGUGUACCCUAUCGAUAUAAUCAAAACGAGGAUGCAAAAUCAAAAGGGAAAUUCAAUGUACUCAUCCUACCUUGAUUGUUUUAAAAAAUUGGUGAGAAAUGAAGGGAUUCUGGGAUUAUACUCUGGGCUAUUGCCCCAGAUAGUUGGCGUGGCACCAGAAAAGGCAAUCAAGUUGACACUGAACGAUCUCAUUCGUGGUUUCGGUAAAAAAAACUCUUUGAAUGGUGAUAUAACUUUACCCUGGGAAGUCCUGGCCGGCUCGACAGCAGGAUUGUGCCAAGUGAUCGUAACUAACCCAUUGGAAGUUUCUAAGAUUAGGCUACAAACCCAAGGGGAGCUUAUUCGCCAAUCAAGAGAACAGGGUAAAGUAGUCAGUCCUAAAUCUGCAAUCGAUGUUGUUCGAGAGUUGGGACUAAGGGGGCUUUACCGUGGCGCAGGCGCUUGUCUGUUACGUGACAUACCCUUCUCGUCCAUAUAUUUUCCAACUUAUGCCAAUAUAAAAAAGAGACUGUUUGGGUUAGACCCAGGAAAACCAGGAAAACGUUCUAGUUUGGAAGCUUGGGAACUUUUGACCUCUGGCGCGUUGGCAGGUAUGCCUGCCGCUCUUCUAACUACACCAUGCGAUGUCAUCAAAACAAGAAUUCAAACGAAACCAAAACCAGGGAGUAGACCAUAUACAGGGAUUGGCUCAACGUUCAAAAGAAUCUUAGUUGAAGAGGGCCCAAGAGCGUUUUUCAAAGGUGGAAUCGCUAGAAUUUGCAGGUCUUCUCCUCAAUUUGGAUUCACGUUGGCAGCUUACGAGCUAUUCCAGAAAACUAUUCCUCUCAGCCUUUUUUAUGAUACCGAAGCGGCUGGUAUGCAAAAUGUAUUAUCGUCACCCACAUCAUCAUCAUCUUUGCCAGCUCCAAUGUCCCUUUCCGAAAAUUCUAAGAGAUUCAAGCUCUCUUCCUCGGCUUCUUCUGCGGAUCUGAACCCAACUCUACUUGCUCUGACGAACUACUACAAAUUCAUCGAGACCGAAAAACGAAAAGGGAGCAAAUGAAACCGUGUAUGAAUUGCUUAAAAAUCAACAUGUGAAACUAUUUUUUUUUGCACUCGUGAACUGUAUUUAAUCUUGUAAAAUGUACACAUCUUCCUGAUGUUUAUUUUUUAAAUUUGUAUAUAUGGAUAGCAUAGAAUCAACUAUCGAAAACUGAGAGAUCCAACACGAAUUCAGACUUACAAACCUUUUCAUUGAAAUCCUUGUUCCGAAAUAUAUAGGCUCCCAAUUGUGUACCAUUCUCAACAACAAAGCACGCCUGGAAUAACAUGCGCAAUCCUCUCAAAUGGGCUCUUUGCCUAGCUCGAUUAUUUUUCUCCUGCACAUCUUGGGUGAGCAAAAAAUCGGCACAGACAUCGUUCUCUGCACUGUCCUCCA